CAGUUACAGAUAAACAUAUGAAGCUGGACUUUGAUCUCAGCGUGCUAAAAUACAGCUGGACAGAACCUUCAGCUGAACACUCGUCUACUAGAGAGAUCCCAGUUCUCAGAAUUGGAACAUGAAUACUGUUGUGACUCUCUUGACGGGGCAGAGGAUGCCCAUGGUUGGACUCGGCACGUGGAAGAGUGCUCCGGGACAGGUGAAGCAGGCAGUGUUUACAGCUUUAGAGUGUGGGUACAGACACAUUGACUGCGCUGCUGCUUAUGGGAAUGAGAAAGAGGUUGGAGAAGCGCUGGCUCUUUGGGUGGGUCCAGGAAAGGCUCUGCAACGUGAAGAGGUGUUUGUGACGUCCAAACUGUGGAACACCAAGCAUGACCCCGAGGAUGUUGAAGAGGCGUGCAGAACCAGUUUGGCCCACCUUGGUCUCUCCUACCUGGACCUUUACCUCAUGCACUGGCCCAUGGCAUUUCAGAGGGGGACGGAGCUGAUGCCUCGAAAGGGAGAUGGAAGUAUUUGUUACUCUGACACACACUACAAGGAUACUUGGACUGCCAUGGAGAGCCUCGUAGACAGAGGUCUAGUCAAGGCUAUAGGCCUGUCCAACUUCAACGCCCGACAGACUGAUGACAUCAUCAGCAUAGCCAGGCAUAAACCUGUAGUAAACCAGGUGGAGUGCCAUCCUUAUUUGUCUCAAACAGAUCUCCUUUCACACUGUCGCUCAGUGGGAGUUUGUGUGACAGCUUACAGUCCUCUGGGCAGUGGAGACAGACCCUGGGCCUCAGCUGAUGAACCAAGUCUGCUAGCAGAUCCUCGACUGGGAUCUAUAGCCCAGAGAUAUCAAAAGACACCAGCCCAGGUUAUGCUCCGAUGGCACAUUCAGAGGGGUGUUGUGUGUAUCCCCAAAAGUGUGACACCUUCCAGGAUUGAGCAGAACUUGAACGUGUUUGAAUUUUCCCUGUCAGAAGAAGACAUGAAGCUCAUUGAAUCCUUCAACUGCAACAAGCGUUUCAUCGUUCCAACAGUCGAGAGAGACGGCAAGAGAGUUUGGAGAGAUGCAGAACAUCCUCAUUUCCCUUUCCAUGAUCCUUACUGAGUCUACAACAAAUGUGAUGUUUACUUUUUGAAAAUGGUCUCAUGGUGAAAACAGUUAUUACUAAAUAAUGUUAUAGUUAUUAUUAUGACUACAUGUGUGAAAAUUGAAGAUAUUUUCCCCCUGAGAAUGUCAAAUAAAGGAGCUUGUAUGUGUAGGUUCUCAGUCAUCCAGGUCAUAGUAGUCUCUGGAGCUUGAAAAAAACUGGGCUUCCAUCAGAUCAACCAAGAUGCACAGGAAAGAUCAAACACAAACUAGGGAGAACAAGAAUGACAAGAGGAACAACAUUGUCAUCCCUUAUGUGGCAGGCUUGUCAGAGAAACUCAGAAGAAUUUUCUCCAAGCAUGACAUCCCAGCAUACUUCAAACCAAGUCACACCCUAAGGCAAAAACUGGUUUAUCCCAGGGACAAACCCCCAAACACAUGAUCAGAAAUGUAGUGUAUGCUGUCCAGUGCAGUGAAGAGUGGUCGGACCUCUACAUUUGAGAAACCGAACAGCCUCUUCACAAACAAAUGGCACAACAUAGAAGAGCCACUUCGAUAGGACAAGACUCAGCUAUACAUCUGCAUCUGAAGGAAAAAGGGCACUCCUUUGAGGAUGCCAAUGUUCAGAUUUUGGA